UGCCGCGGGUAGAUACAUUUUGUAUAAAAAGUAUAAAUUCAACCGAACAAAAUGGGAGACACUUCAAAUAAAGGCAAAUAUACCAAUCCCGAAGGCUCAGCUACGUGGGAGUACCUGGGAACCUUAGGAUGUGCCCUCGUUGCAUUUUGUGUUGGUUGCGUAUGCGGCUGGAGUUCGCCGAGCUUGGCCAUACUGACGAAGCCCGAUUCACCAAUUUUCGUAAACGAAAACGACGCGUCUAUCAUGUCAUCCGUAACUGCUGUAGGUCACAUGCUGGCACCUACCGUAAUCGUGUUGAUGACUGAUAGACUUGGCCGAAGACUGAGCCUUGUAGCUUGCUGUCUCCCAAUACUGAUCAGCUUUGGGCUCAUCAUAGCUGCCAAAGAUUCUUCGGUAGGUAUUACUGACACUUGCACUGUUCUCUCGUUGGGGAGAUUUUUCGGUGGUCUAUCCAUUGGUUUCGGGCUGUCCGUUGCACCGAUGUAUCUCGGCGAAAUUGCCUCACCUAAGUUACGAGGGACAAUGGCGAUCACCCAAGCCGCAAUGGCAUCCGGCGGGUCACUGUUCAUAUCCACUAUCGGGCCAUAUCUGUCAUUACAAGCUACGGCCUGCGUGGCUUUGAGCGUCGCUAUUGUCACUUUGGUUGCCGUGUGGUUCGUUCCAGAGUCCCCAUAUUUUCUUGUGAUGGUUGGUAAGGUAGAGGAAGCAGAGAGCACCCUGGAGAAGCUUCGCGGUAAGACAGAUGUCUCGGAAGAAAUGGAACUGAUUAAGAAAACCGUCGGCUUCAAGAAUAACGCAGGAAAGGGGUCUGAAAAAGGAGGAGCAAAACCAAACCCAAUGAGAAUCGACGCCUUUAAGCAGCUUGUCACAGUAUCGAAAAAUUUGAAAGCACUCACGAUCAACUUUCUAUUUGCAUUUGUGCAUCAUUUUAGCGGAUUUACGGCCAUAGCGGUAUUCGGGCAAAUAAUAUUCACGGACAUGAAAACUCACCUCCCUGCUCACAUAUGCUUCAUCAUAUUUAGUAUCCUCCAAUUCGUCAGCAACUUCCUCAGUAUGUUCGUCAUCGACAGAAUUGGUCGCAGGCCACUCACCUUUAUCUCGGGCAUAAUUAGUGGCUCUUGCUUCCUUAUUGUCGGUAUCUACUUUUGGCUUAUGGAGUACGGAGGCGUAGACGUUGCUUCAUACUCGACGAUCCCUCUCAGCGCCUUGCUAACUGGAACAGUUGCUUUGAACAUUGGUAUGUUGCCAGUGACGCCAGUCAUACAGUCCGAGACCCUCGACACCGACAUCAAGGCAAUUGCAUCCUGCUUGGUCGGUGUUGGUAGUGGAUUACUGGCCGCCAUAAUCUUAAGAUUUUACCUCAUGGUUACAAAAGCCUGGAAGUUCGGUCACUCGGUACCAUUCACUGGCUUUUCCUUGUAUAUCUGGUUCACCACAGCCCUCAUACUAAAACUACUUCCCGAAACGAAAGGCCGAACCUUCCUCGAGAUCCAAAGGGACUUGGCUGUCUGAUAUAGUGGCGUAAAUUCAAAGUGCCGACCAAAUCCUGCGGUUCUUAUG